AUGAGGGUACACAUGGAUUGUCCUGGAUGUCAAAACAAAGUGAAAAAUGCACUUCAAAAAAUGAAAGGCGUAGAUGACAUUGAAAUAGACAUGAAAUUACAAAAGGUGGUUGUAAACGGUUACGCAGAUCAGAAGAAGGUUUUAAAAAGGGUUCGAAAGACCGGACUUAGGGCUGAGUUGUGGCAACUGCCUCAUACAGCAGAAUCUCAAAAUCAAUAUCAUCAACAACACCUUAUCAAUGGUCCUGUCCCAAACUAUGCUUCACAACCUUCUUCAUCUUAUAACUAUUACAAGCAUGGUUAUGAUAGUAGUGAUCCUAGCUAUUAUCACUAUCCUUCUCAAUCUUCAAUCUUUGGCCAUCAAACUGGUGCUACUUUUAGUGAUGAUAAUCCUCAUGCUUGUUCUAUUAUGUAA